CUGGCAGUCCGAAGCCACGUCGCUCCAAUUUUGGCUCCUGAUGCCCCCACUUCGGCCGAAAAUCCACUCACGCCUGAGCAUAUGUCUAUGAAAUUUUUCUCGGGUCUACAGGACCUUCUCGGCUUGUACGACUCUGCGGGGACAACUUCUCCGCAAUCACCCUCCUCACCCAUUCCUCCUUCGAAUGGAAUUUUUAAUAACACUCUACCAAGACCAGGCGUAAGACGCUCUCCUUCCGAUAUUAAUUCACAACCAGUAGAUGAUGAAGGCCCAAUACAGAAAUGUUCACACGAUCGAAGUGUUCGUUUUGAUGACGACGUUGUCACGGGUUAUUCAGAAGCUCCUUGCCCGUUCCUUGAACUGUCUGGUGGAGAGCCAGGAGAGCAUAAACCUAACCCAGAAGAAAUUCUGAAAUGCUAUAGAGAAGCUUGCGAGCGCAACAAAAUCGCCCCCAGUCCAGCAGUUGAAAAACAGAUUGGCUAUAUGCAUCGAUCUCCAGCUGUACGUCAAGAGUCUUUGUCCUUAAAGGGGGAACGGGUUUCACCUCAGCAAAUGGAAGCUCUCGAGGAAAUAUUCAAACGGGUACAAUUCGACACUUUGGAUUUUGAGUACACUUUUCUGAACGACGAGUGUUUGAUAGCUCUCUCUGAGAUGUUAGAGUUUUAUGAUUCCACAGAAAGACUGAAUCUCUCCUUCAAUAGAGAUAUAAGUUCUUAUGGAUGGACAAUGUUUUUCAGGUGUCUUCGUUAUUGCACUUCUCUUCGAGUUUUGAAUCUUCGUUAUACAACGGUUGAGAGAGCUCUGACUCAAAUGUGCAAAAGCUUCAAAGCAAAUCCACCUCUUUCGAUAACAUGUCUACAUUUGGAGAAUAUCUCGGUUUCUAGUAAAAGUUUACAGACAUUAAUAAGAGCACUAAAAAAUAAUACAACUCUCAAAGAGCUUUAUCUAGGAGAAAAUAUGCUCCAACCUACUGAUGCUCUUCACUUACUGGAACUUAUCGAAUGCAAUACUACUUUACAAAUGUUAGACCUGCGCAAUAACGAACUCGGGGACGUUGGUUUACAACACCUUUGUAAAGCUUUUAGUAGUGAAGCAGCUUGUACACGAAGCUCUCUCUCUACUCUUGUUUUAUGGAACAAUCGCAUAACAGCUGCAAGCAUGAGUAAUUUAGCAUCUGUGCUGAAAGAGAAUCACAAUAUUGAAACUGUAAAUAUUGGUAAUAAUCUGUUAGGAGUUGAAGGAAUUCACAGGUUGAAAGCCGCCUUAUCUUCAACAUCCAACUUACACAGGCUUGGCUUGCAGAAUACAAAACUUGAUUGCGAAGCUGCGAUAGUCCUAGCUGAAUGUCUUGCUGAUAACGAUGCUAUGGUUAGAGUUGACUUACGAGACAAUCCGGAAAUAGGCUCUGCUGGUUUACUAGCUUUACACUCCGCUAUGAAGAUGAACACAUCAAUCACACUCAUGAAUUUGGACCAAUCUUGCGCGCUACCUUCGAGUGAAAAGGUUCGACAAUAUCAGGAUGAAUUCCAACGGUACUACGAUGAGAUUCGACAGUUUUGUGAGCGGAACAAGAAAGCUGAUUUGAGCAGAAUAAGCGUGAAGCUACGAGAUGACACUAAUGAAGAUAUAAUAACUGCUAAUAAAGCGAGCGUCGUAGAAGAAUCGCCUUCUGAUCCUGUCCACCCAACGUGUGGGGUUGAAACAGCUUCACAGUCUGAGGGUGUUAAGUUAACAAAGAGAAUAGUGCGGAGUUCUUCAUUGACUUGCACGGAAACAGUCUCAGAUAUCAAUGAGAGGUUACGGGAAAUGUCAGGUUCCACACAUUCAUUAGAUGAGACAACUAAUUUGGCUUCUGUCACAACGAUCAAGAAGCAACCAUCCACCAUACAACCCGAACCUCUGUCUAAAGUCGAAUGGGGAUCUUUACCGUCUAUCCCACAAGCUGUAUCCAGCACACCUCCUGUUCGGAAACUGAGGCGUUUUUCCGUCUCACCUUCUUCAUCAACUUUUGAUGUUAGUGUUAACUCAAAGCUGACCCCAAGACCCUCAUCUUUGGAAAUAGGCAUCCCAUCACUGCCUAGUUCAGAAAGGUCUGGGCCUUCGUCAGCUCCAGUAUGUAUGUCUUUGCCGGACUCUCUGAACCUGUGGACAAAGUCGUCAGAUCGGGUUACAAGUAAAAUACAUGAACCUAUUCCUGAAGUUGCAAGUGCUAAAGAAAGGAAAGCAAUGCAAAUGAGCUGUUCAGACUCUGCCGGUUAUGAAGCCUGUGAAGCGGACGUUAAAACUGUUGUUACGGAUCUUGUUAAUUAUGUAGUAUAUGAGGAGACUUCUGCUGUAGAAAGAAAAGCAUCGCUUCUUCUUGGUAUAGCUCCUGUCAUACUGUCUUUGAAUGAACCAGGUUACACAAGCGAAGCAUCUACUCCUCUGACACCAUCUACCCCGUCCAGAUCAUUUUGCAUCCUUGAAGAUGAAAUGAGUGAUGAAAUGAUUGUUUCAUCGGUUGUUCGAGGUCUUGUACGUGACGUAUUGCGACAAGAAAAAGAAUGUUUGAGGAACACUCUUGAUCGUCGUAGACGAUUGUUAGAGUUUCAAUCAUUGAACAGUCCGAACGUAUAA